GUAGAGCAAUGCUUGAAGCGCCUGUGGAAAAUGAACUUGGUGGGCUACAUUGAAACUCUGGCAGGACUGAUUCCCAAGACAAAUACAUCCCAAGCCCACACAGAAUGCUUAGUUCCCAGCCAGCCUAUGCUGGAAACGGUGGCUCUGAAGGUAUUGGGUGGUUGCAAGCUCAUACUACGUCUACUGGACUGUUGCUGUAAAGCUUUUCUCUUGUCCGUUAAGCAUCUCUGCUCAGAGGAAUUCAUACUUUUGAACACUGUGGCUUCGGGGUUGCUGAGCCGACUAUGGGUUCAGUACAGGCAUGUAUUGCAGAGCCUCAUUUCCCUCUAUGGCGUGUUGUCGACAUCACUUCAUCUGGUAUCUGAGACCCAACAGAUGCCUUAUAUCAAGGGGUUUACCUUCCCUUCUGAUAUCAAUAACUUCCUUGGAGUUAAUGUUUCUUCUGAGAUGAAGAAGCAAAAGGCUAGAAUGCUUACCACAAAAAAACCUACCAGCUGGCUGAAAAAGCUCUUCCCAACAAUACCAGAGGCUGUGUCAAAGGUGGGGAAAAAGAGUUUUGAGACCUGUGUGAGUGCUGUGAAAAACCACAGCAUCCCAUGCCCUGUGGACGUCGGAGAGCCGGUUCUGGUGACCAGAGCCAGCAGAGGGAAGCACCUGGGGUUUGAUGUGAAGAGCUUACUUAGAACAUCCAGACCUCUAGCACAACAGGGUAUAAGCAUUGCAUCAACACCUGUUAAAGCAAAAUCAGCAUCCCUCAUACAGAUGAUCCAAACAGCUACAUCAUUUGGGGAACUGUCAGAGGCACUCAGAAAAGCUAUUCUGUGGUGCAAAAGCAACAAAUUCAAAUCAGAAGCUUAUUUUCUGCGUAACAAAUUGUUGAAAAGCAAUCGACUGCACCAUGUGGAGGCUCAAGGCUGCAGCUUGAAGAAAAAAUUGUGCUGUGUCAAAACAUCUGUCCGUAAAUACCUGCUGUGCGGGUCACAAAAUGCACGCUGGCCAAAGCAGUACCUCGGGGCACGGUUCUGGCGGAGGAGGAUCAAGUCAUCCACGCGCUUGAAAAGAACUCUGAAGACUGUUCGGCAAAAACCUUGUGAGCUUCCUGGAGCCUGUGAGCAGAGUGCCUCGCUCAUUGUCCCAGCUCACCAGGACGGGCCGCUGAGUCAGGAAGGACGUGCCAAUGCUGGUACAGCCUGUGUCAAACUAAGCACAGCAGGCACCCCGAAGCAGCUGCUGCUGGAAGGAAGCCCCGGCCAGAGAGAAGCUACUGAGAACAUGGAUAUUGAUUCUAUUUUUGCCGCAAUGGGUGUCUGA